AUGCUUCUUCUGCAUCAGGUCGGCAGCGUCAAGAUCGGCGAGGUGAUCCGCUAUACCGUUACUUACACACCGUCCCAAGACCGCAUUCUCCCGUCUCCCGAAAAGCUAUACGUGCGGAUCCGAAACACAUCCACCAUUGCAUUGCGUGCCGCCUUUGUACACGGUCCUUACACCCUGUACGUCUCCGCGUAUCCCGCCAACUUCAACCCCAACGAGAAGUUUCCCAACCCCCGCCGCUAUGGAAUCCCUCACUUUGAGCCCAUGCUCAAGGCUGGAGGCUCUUGGGAAUGCGAACUCUUGGUUCCAGAUGACAUUCGACAGGAGGCCGGCACGGGACGGCAUGGUGGGUUUGGCAAGAGCUCGGACCAUGACGGAGAAUCCGUCAGUUGGAUCGUGGAAGUGGCAUCGCAAGUCAUAUUCUCCACAUCUGCCGCUGUCGGAUUCGAAGUCGUCGUAGCGCGCGACCAGAAGUCACUGAACCUGAGCCAUUCACUACCCCUGGUCGGAAACACUGGCCAGGUGACCCAACCGGGAAGAGUGAGCGAUCAUCAGCAAAGUCUGGGAGCCAAGGACGGCCACCACCCGGCUCAGCCAAAAGGUGUCUUCUCCAGAGCAGUGCGGCUCAAGGUGGAGGAUACAGCUACGCUCUGGAACACGCCCAGACUCCCGGGCUGGGAUGAUAUCGGAGCAAGGAGAGCAAAGCAAACCCCUGGUGCUGAUCAACCCGUGGAAAGCAUGGUCAAAACAGGAGAUGCCGAGACGGAAGAGAAUGGCCGCUCCGAGAAAGACCAUCUGCGCAAGAAAAAAGUCCAUCUGGUCAUUUUAACUCAUGGUCUGCACAGCAACCUCGGUGCCGAUAUGCUGUACAUCAAGGAAAGCAUUGACGCCGCCGCGAAACAAGCACGCAUCGAUGCUAAAGCCAGGAUUGAAAGGGAAAAGAGAUCCGGGACCUUCAAGGCUGCUGCGGACUCGGAUGCAUCAGGCAGGGCCGAGAAUGAAGAGGACAAGGGAGAAGAAGAAGAAGAAGAAGAAGUCAUUGUGCGCGGAUAUGCUGGAAAUGCCACCAGGACAGAAAAAGGCAUCAAGUACCUGGGCAAAAGACUCUCGCGUUAUAUUCUUUCCAUGACAUACCCUGAUCAGCCAUACCUACCUGUCGGCAAAGGGGCUAGUGAAGGGCUGGCCGGGGCGAUGGAAAGCGAUCGCCAUGACCAACACCGUCACGAAGCAAAGGGCGCCAAGAAGGCGCAUAAACACAGCACGAUACAGACUGACAUUACAAGAGCUCAACAUGACACUGAUUGCCGCCGCUACAGAGUUUCAAGCAUCAGUUUCGUCGGACAUUCGCUCGGCGGCCUCGUGCAGACAUAUGCAGUUGCCUACAUACAAAAGCACUCUCCCGACUUUUUCACCCUCAUCAAGCCCAUCAACUUCAUCGCCCUAGCGACGCCGUUUCUGGGUUUGAGCAACGAGAAUCCCCUCUAUGUCAAGUUUGCUCUCGAUUUUGGGCUUGUCGGCAGAACUGGCCAAGACCUUGGUCUGACAUGGAGGGCACCAACCAUUGCCCGGAGCGGAUGGGGCGCUCUUGUUGGCAACCUCGGUGAAUCUGCGCACAAAAAGGUAUACGGCGAAUCACGGCCCGAGUCCAAGCCCCUGCUGCGAAUCCUGCCAACCGGCCCAGCCCACACAGCCCUGAAGCAAUUCAGAAACCGCACCGUCUAUUCCAACGUGGUCAACGAUGGCAUUGUACCUCUCCGCACAAGCUGCCUUUUGUUUCUGGAUUGGCAAGGCCUGGAUCGAGUGGAGAAUGCUCGUCGAGAGGCCGGUUUGGUGGAGACGGUGGUUGGGUUUGGGUGGGCGGAGUUGACAGGAACCAACAUGUUUUCGUCAAGGUCCAAGUCGAAGGCGGCGCUGGGAGAGCAGCAAAGCGACUCUGGCUCAAGCACGCCGAGAGGCGCCUCGCGCCAGGUUCCGCAACCGUCCGAGGAUGCGGUUCAAGAAGAUGACCGAGCCAGCAUAAGCUCGGUGCCAACACCACUAACCGCCGACGGUGACGAGGCCGCCCGGGGCACAAGCGAAGGUUCCGGCCACUCCCCCCUGGCCGGUUUCUUCGGCCUUUUCAAGAGCGCUGACCCUCCGAAGCCGCAAGUGACGACGACCAAACAGAGGAAGAUGCUCCGUCGCGGGCAGACGAUGCCGCCCAGCGGCUCCGACACGGCAAACUCGAGCGCUACCGACAUGUCCGACAGGAAGCCUAGCAAGGCAACCGCGGGUCACGAGGCUGACGGCUGUUGGGACAAGGUGACGGCGCCGCCCAGGACUACAUUCUUCGAGUCAGCAGGAGACUUGCUGAAUCCCAGCUUGCCUACGGUUGACUAUCUGAUUGAUCCGGCGAAGCGACCACGGACCAUCUUCCACGAUCGCGUAUAUCAUCCCAGCGACAUUCCCCCACCGCCGAUGAAGAAACGACCGACGCUUUUGCGACGCAAAAUGUCUGGUAAGAUGUCGGCAACAUCCCCGCAGCCAGGACAGAGUGGUUCUCGGUCCCCCUGUCCCACAAUCAAGCUCGAGGACUCGGUUGGCUCCGUGAAGGACUACGAUGACACAGCCAACACCAACCCUGACAAGGACCACUGGGAAGUGGUGGAUGGCUCAAACAUGAGGGUUGAAGAGAAGAUUGCCCGAGGCUAUCAUCGCGACUUGUCAUGGCGCAAGGUGCUGGUCAAACUGGAGCCGGACGCGCACAACAACAUUAUUGUGAGGCGCAUGUUCACCAACGCGUACGGAUGGCCUGUAGUCAAGCACCUCGUCGACGCCCACUUCAGCGACUCUGAAGCUGCCCGAAUGCGGGAUGACGAGGAGCCCAGCGUCGAGCGAGCAUUCGAGGCCCACCGGUCACCCGAGGGCGAUGGGAGGGAAGUCCAAACCUUGGACCAAGUCGGCGUGGGCAAUGGCGCCGAUGAUGGCGGAAGCUGCGGUGGCAAAGGGGGCGGCGACAAGGGGGGCGGCGACAAGGGUGGCGAAGCCAAUGAAGCACACGAAGCAAUGGACGAGGUGCCGGACCUCCCCAACAAGAAACACGACGGCGAGGCGGCGUCGACGACGGCACACGGUGUUGCGCGUCUCGGGCCGCCGGACAGAGCGGACUCGAUGACGUGGAGCGAUCGCGACUGGGCAGACAGCGAGAACGAGAGCGAUGCAGAGAGGCCCCCCAAGAAGGGCGGCAAGGCGGACGAGCACGACCCGGCAGGCACUGGUGAGCAAGGGCGGCAGAAGGAGCGAGCGAGCGCGUCGUCCUGGAAUUGGGCGGAGAAGAUUGUGGGCAAGGGAGUGGGCAGCAACUGGGCUAAGAGCCCGAAGGCAGACGACGCCAAGCAGGCGGCUGGCUGA